AUGAGCGAAAAUAGUGUAAUUAAAUCAUGUACGUACGAUAUACUCUUUCAGGACAAAAUAAACCAGAUCCGCGACAGCCGCGCAGCGCUCGACACGCUCCGCGCCGAGCACGCGGCGCGCUUAGCCGCGCAGGCCGAGGCCGCCGAGCGACAGAGACAGAUGCAAAUGGCCGCCAAACUGCAGGCCAUGCGCAAGAAGAAGCACGAGUAUUUGCAGAACAAGAGAGAGAUGCAAAUGAGACAGGAACAACAGAAACACCAAUACAUGAUGGCAUCAGGCACCGGUUUCUUCAUGCCAGGAGUCACCAUGCAGCAGUACCAGCCCGGCUUCCCCAACCAGCCCAUCUACGCCAACCCACAGUUCCACCAGAUGAUCCCGCAGACCACAGACGGUACUAUCCCCCCAACCGGUCAACCUCAGAUAUCCCAAGCCAUGGCUCUCAACGCCAACCAAAUUGCAGCAAUGUCACAGUCCCUGCCUCAACACAGCAAUGCCUUCGCCAUGCCCACCUCAGCUAUGACCAUGAGCCAAGCUCCAAUGACUUCCCACAUCCGACCAAACAUGACCCCGCAGCAAAUACAGCAAAUGAUGAUGCAUCAACAUCAGAUGAGAAUGGCCCAACCUGGGCAGAGCGUCCCACAAAUGUUCCCAGGGCAAGUACAGCAAAAUGGACAGGCACAGCCAAAGAACCAACCGCCAACAUCCAUGAUGGCUUCUAUGUCUCUCGGACAACCAAACCAGCCUCAACUACACUGUUAA